ACCGAAAUAAGCAAACGCUGCAAAGUACCCAACUCGCUCAUCGCUGGAACAUAGCUGCCUGCCUGCCUGCCUGGUGCCUCGGUUAUGUAAAAUCUCGUUUUUUUCCGGAGCUAUCAUCAGUAUUCAGCAGUUAGAUAGCAUCCAUUUUUUUUUUUUGCCUGUGAUCAAGAAUCAAUACUUGAAAGCAAAUUAGAAAGCGCUGAGCUAAGCAAAAAUGGCGAUGAGAGACCUGGUAACCGGUGGCGCUGCCUGCGCCGUGCCCGGCUCCUCAUCUUCGUCCAAUCCCCUCGGAGCUCUUGCCAACGCUCUCAUCGGCUCUUCAUCCAAGACUCAGGAAAGAUUGAAGGAGAUCCCUACAUCAGUGACUACACCAUCUGAUGGAAACUUUGCUGUGGGUGCGCCGGAUCCAUUGGCAACUAUUCCCGGACUAGAGUUUGAUGGUCCAUUGCAACCUAAUCUUCAGGGUUCAGAAUUCCUUCAAGGGUUUCAUGCUGCCGAUCAGAAUCACUUUGCAGAUGUAUGGGAUGGGAUACAAAGGAAUCAACAUAGGCACCCUAAUGUUCAUUUGGAUAACUCUCAGCUGCAACCACAGUUGAAUGGUCCACCUCAAAGAGUAUUGUCAAACUUUUUGCACUCUUUCGUUAAUAGCAGCCAUGGUGGAAUCCCUUUCCAUCCUGCUUCACUUCCUGUAUUAGGAUUGUCCGAGGGUGAAAAGCAUUGCAUAAGGGACCGUAGCACUAUAAUGGCUCGACAUUUUUUUGCUGAUAAAAAUGAAGACUUCAUAAAUGCACAGGUUAAUGCACUUUUAAGCUCUUUGGAUAUUGAUACUAAUAUUAGGACAAGGGGCCCUAUGCCUGGACAGUUGCCAGAGUUGGAGGAUUAUUGGAAUGAGUCGCAGGGUGCGAAACCAGUGCAUCAAGUUGCAGAUGGAUGGGUAACGGAGUUUGGGGAACAUAGAAUGGAAGCAGAUCCGAGUUCUUGGGUUCAUUCAUUUCAACAACAACAUGGUGUAAAUGGAUGGGCAUCUGAGUUUGAACAUGAGCAAUCCCAACUUCGAAUGACUGAUCAAAUGAGAGGUGCAAAUAUUCCAAGCUUAGCCGCAAUGGAGCAAACACGCAUGUUAGCUCAUACAUUAGCUCAAAAUAGUGACCCCAAAUUUCAGAAUUCAAAAUUUCUCCAAUUUGUAUCAAAGAUGAGCCGUGGUGAAAUUAGCAUUGAGGACAAUCAAGUUAAACCAGCUGUAUCUGCUUCUGGGGAUUGGGCCGCAGAAUAUGAACAACAGUAUAGUGGAGGUCAGACAUGGUCUGACCAGUUUGAGCAAGAGAGGCUUUCUCAUGGACCAAGUGGGUGGGCAGAUGAGUUUGCUGCUCAGAACAGGCAACAUGAAUCAGUGAACGAGGAGUGGGUUGAUGAAUUUUCAAAGUUAAAUGUCACUGACUGGGCUGACGAAUUUGGUCGUCAGGUUGCUGAAGGAGUUUCGGGUGAAAGUUCUGCUAAUAACUGGGUUGAUGCUUAUGAUGAGUACUUGAAUGAACAAGCUUCAUUGAAACAGCAGUCACGAUCGUCAAGGGGGAUUUAUGAGUUUUCUGAUUUAAACCCGUACGUUGGCCAUCCUAAUCCUCUUAAAGAAGGGCAGGAACUAUUUAGGAAGGGGCUUUUAAGUGAAGCAGUUCUUGCGUUGGAGGCUGAAGUCUUAAAAAAUCCUGAAAAUGCUGAAGGUUGGAGACUACUGGGUAUAGCACAUGCUGAAAAUGAUGAUGAUCAACAGGCUAUUGCUGCCAUGAUGCGUGCACAAGGGGCUGAUCCUAUGAAUCUGGAAGUUCUCCUUGCACUUGGGGUGAGCCACACAAAUGAACUGGAACAAGCAGCUGCAUUGAAGUAUUUGUACAGUUGGUUACGCAAUCACCCCAAGUACGGGAGCAUUGCCCCUUCAGAUUUACCUGACUCUCUAUAUCAUAAUGAUGUUGCUGGGUUAUUUAAUGAUGCUGCUAAAAUGGCACCCGAAGAUGCUGAUGUACACAUAGUACUUGGUGUAUUAUACAACUUGUCAAGGGAUUAUGAUAAAGCUAUUGAAUCAUUUAAGACUGCUUUGAGCCUCAAACCAAGAGACUACUCACUUUGGAAUAAGCUUGGUGCCACACAGGCUAAUAGUGUUCAGAGUGCUGAUGCAAUAUUUGCUUAUCAGCAGGCGAUUGAUUUAAAACCAAAUUAUGUACGUGCAUGGGCAAACAUGGGCAUUAGUUAUGCCAACCAGGGUAUGUACGAGGAAUCUAUUCGUUAUUAUGUCCGUGCAUUGGCAAUGAAUCCAAAGGCUGAUAAUGCAUGGCAAUAUUUGAGAAUAUCUUUGAGUUGUGCAUCACGGAAUGAUAUGGUCGAUGCAUGUGACUCGCGGAAUCUUGAUGUUCUCCAGAAAGAGUUCCCUCUAUAAAUACCACAAGUAUGCCAUACACAUGAAGUUGCAAUCAAGUAAAUCAAUCCUUCAUCAUUUAACCCUGCCUCUUAUUAAUAUUGAUAAGAUUUUGCCUAGCUGUUGUUCACGACUCGUUUGGAGGCCUCAGUCUUCCUGAUAUGGUGCAAAGUCAUUUAGAACUACAUCAAGAAGGAUCAACUCGCACGUUCAAAAAGAGAUCCAUAUUUUAUUUAACACUGACCAACAGUAAAUGUUGAGAUGUACUUUGUUUGGGGAGAGCUUUGGAAAUUGGAAGUACAUAUAGAAUUGGAUUAUGCCUAGAUUGGGGAAAUUAUGUCGACCUUGUACGUUAUAAAUUAUACUACAUAAGUGUCAAGAAGAGUAAGGAAUGAAAUGAUAUGGGCACACCCGUAUAUUAGUUGCUGUCAGCUGGCCUUCUCCCUCACCUUUUAUUUGCUAUAUUGCUGCGGGCAUGUGUAAAUAUAAUCCACUUUUUGUUCCUAAGGUAUAGCCUAUUUCUAAACUUGCCACAUCUUUCACUUAUUUCAUAUUCAGUACUUUGGUCUCACCCAGCGUUGGAGCAACUUAUUGAUUUGGAGGACUUGCUUGUAAGAUUAGAGCAACUGACCUACUAUUGGAUCAUAGUUUUUCUUUGAAGCAAUUUUAGAGCAACCAGCUAAUCUGCCCAAAGGAGCUUCUCACAUGAAGAAAAGAGACUGCUAAAAUAAGAACAUCUUUAAAUAUUGAUUCAAAAAGAAAGAGUUGUACCUGACGCUUUUACAACUUACAUCGCUUCCUUGUUGCAUUAUUGCAAGAUAAUGCAAGACUUAGUAUAGAAUUGAAUAAUUUGGAUGGAGGCUAAUAAUUUUUCUAACUAGUAUCGUUACCCAUGCCGUGCACGGGAUAAAAUGAUUUUUUUAAUUUUAAUAUGUAGUCUUGAAUAUGGAUUAUAUGCAUAUUGAUUAUUGACAU